CUAGCUUGCAAUCAUCUCCCAGUGAUCCAUAUGCCUCUGCCUGAAUAUUAACUCACCAAAUGGUUCAAGGGAUCACAUUUUGCUUCAUAUUCAGUAGCCAUCCAGAGUUCCCCAAGAAGCAAGGCUGCCAUGCUUCUUUAAUCCAGUGCUGCAUUUUAUAAGCAGCUUUGUUGCCAAUUCAGUUGCAUAACCUGCACAUAUAAAGAGGGACUGCAGGCUAGGUGUGCUAGAAGCAGAAUCUCAAGCUGUGAGGGAGUAGUAACUGAAUUUUGAUCAGUUCAUUCAGUUGCAUGUCCUUGCAUGCCAUGGCCUGUCUCAAGCUCAGACAUGUGUGCCUCACUGUGGUGCUCUUCUCCAUUGGUAUCUCCAGCUGUAGAGGGCAAGGAGGAGGGGGAGCAGGUGGUGGUGGUGCAGUAGUUCCAGGGACACAGGAUGCAAUCCAGAUUGUGGCACAAGCUGCUCUCUGCUUUGACAAUAGACAAGUGAUCAACGGGUGCCUGCAAUCGAUGGGCAUCAACGUCACCACCACAACCGGUGGCAGCGGCGCCACCACGUCGGCUCCGGCGGCGGCGAACGGGUCGGCGGCGGCGACCAUGUGCAGCGCGCCGUGCUUCGGGCAGAUGACCAUGAUGAUGGGGUGCGUGAACGGCAUCUUCGGCAACUUCGCCGGCUACAGCCCGGGCCUCAUGCAGGGAGUCCAGGCCGUCUUCCAGAUGGCCUGCGGCAACGUCAAUGGCCAGGGCGGCGCCGGCGCCGCCGCCGGUGGCGGUGGCGGUGGCAGUGCAGGAGCCUCCGGCGGUAGUGGUGGUGGUGGCGGCGGCGCCGGCGGUGCUACUGGUGGUGGCGCUGGAUCGGGGAAUGCUUCUCCUAAUUCAGGCUCACACGUGGCGGUAAAGCGUCCGGGUUAUCCGACCAGCGGAGCAGCUGGGCCCACUGUCAGCCUCACGAGGGUGUUUUCCUCUCUGCUAAUCGUCUGGGCUGGAACAAGGCUGAUGGCCUGAUUGAUUGCUGCUGUUCGAGCAGCUUUUGACUGGACACAGGCAAACGUUGCUGAAGAGUUCAAAGAUGUGUUGUGUUUUCUUUUUAAUUUCCUGAAUAGUGAAUAGUACUGUAGCAUAUUGAUAUUGAUUUCUACAACCCACGCACCAGUGCUGAUUUCAUGUAACAACAAUCUGUAAUUUGUACGUCUUUUGAUUUGAUGAAUAAUAAAUUUGAUGCGUGUUUGUUUCCUUCA